CCGACAAGCUUCAUAAUAUUUCAACUUGAGAUCCCUGACGCUUCAUUUAUUCACUGAUUAGAAUCAUGCAGGUGUAUGGUUUUAUAUUUUUGUUCCUUCUGUCCGCAAGUUUUGUGGUCGCCGUGUUUGCUCCUCCUCCUGAAGAUAGACUUACGUACAGCAAUUUCCUGCACACUUGUAUGAAUACAGUGUUGGAUGUACAACGGUGCAUAGCUCAAGAAGACGAAGAUGAUUCGGAUGUAGAUUUGGCUGUGGAAAGGCUGGAAGCUGUGCAGAGGAACAUUCUUCGUGUUGCAUAUGAAUGGGAUGAAUGCCAGCCAUUAAGUAACCUUAUCCAAUCCAUGAUUACUGCCCUUCGGAACGAACAUCAACAUCAGGCCCAGAGUCAGAGACAGGGUCAGGGACAGCCGGGUGGUGGUGGUGGUGGUGCCACUGCCGCCACUGCCAGUAGUGGCACAGACACACCCAGUUUGCUCAGGAGGCAGAUGAGUGGCUUUCACCCUCCACGUGUUAGAAAUGGACGAAUGGGACCUCCAGUUUACGACAUUUCCCAAUCACAACUUGAACACCUUUUUGACCUCGACUUCACUGUCCCCAGGAUUGCUGCAAUGUUGCAUGUAUCUGUCGCAACAGUUCGUCGAAGAUUAAGGUUCUUUAAUUUGUCAUAUAAAGAUAGACGAACUCUUAUUAGCGAUGCAGAAUUAGAUGGAAGGGUCCAAAGCAUAUGUUCAUCAAAUCGGCGUCUUGGAUAUCGACUUGUUCGUGCAAGGCUUGUUGUGGAUCGCAUUUUCGUAUCACGUCAACGGGUGAGAGAUAGUCUUUUGAGGACAGAUCCAACUUCAGUAGCUCUAAGGUGGAGUCAAACUAUCAGGCGUAGGACAUAUCAUGUUGCUGGCCCUAAUUCUCUUUGGCACAUAGAUGGAAAUCACAAGUUGAUUAGAUGGGGCUUUGUAAUACAUGGAGGGAUCGAUGGAUACAGUCGUUUAAUGGUUUUUCUCUCCGUUGUUUGCAACAACAGGGCUGAAUCUGUGAUGACGGCAUUUCAGGGUGCAACUGCUGAAUACGGGGUACCAUCUCGUGUUAGAGCUGAUAGAGGGACAGAGAAUAACGAUGUUGAACAUUUCAUGAACAUUUUCAGAGGUCGUAAUCGUGGUAGCAUGAUCAGGGGCAGAUCAGUGCAUAACCAGCGUAUUGAACGUUUUUGGCGUGACUUGUUACAUGGAUGCACUCAUGUCUAUUACGACUUGUUUCAUUUCAUGGAAGAUGCCGGCAUUUUGGAUGUAAGUGACACUAAUCAUAGAUGGGCAUUGCAGUUUGUGUAUAAUCCCAGAAUUCGAAGGAGUGUGGAAGAGUACAGGCAGCAAUGGAAUCAUCAUCAGCUGUCUACUGAGCGAGGCAGUACUCCAAUACAGCUGUAUGUUGAGGGUCUAUUCAACCUGUACGGGACGUCACGCCCUCAUGUUGAUGACAUAUUUUUUGCAAAUGACAAUAUUCAGCUGAACAAUAUUGAAUCUUUUGGUAUUGACUGGGAAGGUCCAACUCCUAAUAGUACAGGUACAACUACUGUCAAUGUUGUUGAGCCUGAUGGCCCUCUUUCCGUGGAACGUUUAACUGUUUUGCAGCAAACAAUUUCACCAUUGGGAGAGACGGUUGAUGGACAUGGCAUGGAUAUAUACCUAAAUGUGUUGAAUUUCAUAAGUCAGUCUUGAACGAUGCAGCUGUCAGUGUAAGCAGAGGACCCCCCCCCCCCCCCCCCCCUCCCCACCUGGCCAGGAUUAAAUUAUAAUUCUCCAGGGUCAGGGCGUUUGAAAUGAUAAUGUCUAUUGCUUGCCACGUUUUCCACAAACUACAUGUAUUCAUUUUUCAGUAGUUAUUGUACAUGUACUAUAAUUACCUAUCUAAUAAGUAUUUUAGUACCGAGAUAUACCAGCACGCACAUGUCACUUAACUAACCCAUCAUGAUUCAGAGUACCAGUACUUCUUUGCAGGCUAGUUGAUUAUACCAUUAGGUUAGACCCACACCAUGAACAUUUUUUAUGAAUUUGGUUUACUACUACAUAUAUCUAUCACUGAGAAACUACUUGUCAAAAAGCAGUUCCCUUUUUUUGGGACACCUGAUAUAAUAUGUACCCCUUAAGAAUCAACUCUUGGGCUCGCAAAAUUUCUUGUUGUGCUAGUUGGGGGCAACGUGCAAAAAUAUACCAAAAUUAGAUGGUGUGGAACUCCGUGGUUGAAACUGCAGAACUGACAUGUGCAGUAAAUAGGAUGGUACAUGUUACAUCCCUACAAAUAUGUUAUUACCCAAAUAAUCAGAUUGUCAAAUCCAUCUCAAAAUGUGCUCUUAUUCACUUUUCUACCAGUUCAUUUUGUGUUCUUCAUGGUACUUGAAUA